AUGAAUGGAGUCGCCUUCUGCCUGGUCGGGAUCCCGCCCCGCCCGGAGCCCCGGCCCCCUCAGCUGCCGCUGGGCCCGAGAGAUGGGUGCUCCCCUGGGCGCCCCCUCCCCUGGCAGGGGCCGCGGACACUGCUGCUGUGCAAAAGUCUCCAGGACGGCUUUGGCUUCACCCUGCGCCACUUCAUUGUGUACCCCCCUGAGUCAGCCGUGCACUGCAGCCUGAAGGAGGAAGAGAAUGGAGGCCGAGGAGGAGGACCCUCCCCCCGGCACCACCGCCUGGAGCCCAUGGAUACCAUCUUUGUCAAGAAUGUGAAGGAUGAUGGCCCCGCCCAUAGAGCGGGCCUUCGCACCGGAGACCGGCUGGUGAAGGUGAACGGGGAGAGCGUCAUUGGGAAGACCUACUCCCAGGUCAUAGCUCUGAUCCAGAAUAGCGAUGAUACCCUGGAGCUCUCCAUCAUGCCCAAGGACGAGGACAUCCUCCAGCUGAGACGGUGUCCUGCCAUGCCCCCCCGGGCCCGCAGUGCCUCCCAGGACCGGUUGGAGGAUGUGACUGCCCACCGCCCAUGGCCCUGCUCCACCUCCCAGGGUGCCUUGAGCCAGUUGGGUCAGGAGGGCUGGCACCGAGCUCGCUCAGACGACUACUUGAGCCGGGCCACCCGCUCAGCCGAGGCGCUGGGUCCAGGAGCACUGGUGUCACCCCGUUUCGAACGCUGUGGCUGGGCUUCCCAGCGUCCGUCUGCCCGCACCCCUGCCUGCCCACCCAGGGACCUUCCUGCGCCCCAGGCCCCACCCCCGCCUGGUCUGCAAGGCCUGGAUGACAUCGGCUACAUCGGGUACCGGAGCUACAGCCCAUCAUUCCAGCGCCGGACUGGCCUCUUGCACGCGCUCUCCUUCCGGGACUCACCCUUCGGGGGGCUACCCACCUUCAACUUGGCUCAGUCCCCUGCAUCGUUCCCGCUGGAGGCCUCCGAACCACCCAGGGUUGUGCGCCCAGAACCCAGCACCCGGGCUCUGGAGCCCGCCACCGAGGAUCGCCGCGACGAGGUGGUCCUGAGGCAAAAGCCUCCCACUGGCCGGAAGGUCCAGCUGCCCUCCGCAAGACAGAUGAACCUUGGGUUUGGUGAAGAGUCCCCAGAGCCAGAGUCCAGUGGGCGAGUGGAACGCCUGGGCAGGAAGGUGGCCCCUUUGGCCACUACUGAAGACUCUCUGGCUUCUAUCCCCUUCAUUGAUGAACCCACCAGCCCCAGCAUUGACCUCCAAGCCAAGCAUGUCCCUGCCUCCGCUGUGGUCUCCAGCGCCAUGAACUCAGCCCCCGUCCUGGGCACCAGCCCAUCCUCCCCAACCUUCACCUUUGCCCUUGGCCGCCAUUACUCCCAGGACUGCAGUAGCCUCAAGGCCGGCCGCCGCUCCUCCUACCUGCUGGCCAUCACCACAGAGCGCUCCAAGUCCUGUGACGAUGGGCUCAACACCUUCCGGGAAGAGGGCAGGGCUCUGAGGCGCCUGCCAAACCGAGUACCCAGCCUGCGGAUGCUGCGAAGCUUCUUCACUGAUGGGUCCUUGGAUAGCUGGGGUACUUCCGAAGAUGCUGAUGUUCCUUCUAAGCGACACUCAACCUCUGACCUCUCGGACGCAACCUUCAGCGAUAUCAGGAGAGAAGGCUGGUUGUAUUAUAAGCAGGUCCUCACCAAGAAGGGGAAGGACCCCGGCUGUGCCAACCAAGCUCUGAUCAGCAAGAAGCUUAAUGAUUAUCGCAAAGUAAGUUCUCCGACCCCAGAUGACAGUGCUGCCACUCCCAAAACCCCAUGGGGCAUCAACAUCAUCAAGAAGAACAAGAAGGCAGCUCCUAGGGCGUUUGGGGUCCGUCUGGAGGAGUGCCAACCAGCCAUAGAGAACCAGCGGGUCCCCUUGAUCGUGGCUGCGUGCUGUCGCAUCGUGGAGGCACGGGGUCUGGAGUCCACGGGCAUUUACCGAGUGCCUGGUAACAAUGCAGUGGUGUCCAGCCUGCAGGAGCAGCUCAACCGUGGGCCCGGGGACAUCAACCUACAGGAUGAGCGCUGGCAGGACCUCAAUGUGAUCAGCAGCCUGCUCAAGUCCUUCUUCCGAAAACUGCCUGAGCCUCUUUUCACCGACGACAAAUACAAUGACUUCAUUGAGGCCAAUCGCAUCGAAGACUCGAGGGAGCGGAUGAAGACGCUCCGGAAGCUGAUCCGGGAUCUCCCAGGACACUACUAUGAGACUCUCAAAUUCCUCGUGGGCCAUCUGAAGACCAUUGCUGACCACUCGGAGAAAAACAAGAUGGAGCCCAGGAACCUGGCCCUGGUCUUCGGGCCGACGCUGGUGAGGACGUCUGAGGACAACAUGGCGGACAUGGUGACCCACAUGCCUGAUCGCUAUAAGAUCGUGGAGACGCUGAUCCAGCACUCAGACUGGUUCUUCAGCGAUGACGAGGACAAGGGAGAGAGAACUCCUGUGGAUGACAAGGAGCCUCAGUCAGUGCCCAACAUUGAGUACCUCCUGCCUAACAUUGGCAGGACAGUGCCCCCUGGUGACCCAGGUUCAGAUUCUACCACCUGCAGUCCAGCCAAGUCCAAGCCUCUCCUGGGCUGA